GACUCUCCUUGGGUUUGUCAAGAUGCACCAGGUUUAGUCCUUGCACAAAGCAUCAGAGACCUACGAAGAGACAACAACAACAGAGACAACAGAGCGGAACAGAACAUUGUCUGAGGAACAGCAAGCACUGAGAGAGGACCAUGGCAUUUGCAGGGAUGCUGAGAGACCAGGACAUCGAGGCUGCCGUCCAGGCAUGUCAAGCUCCGGGCACAUUCAACUACAAAACCUUCUUUGCACAAGUGGGACUGGCCGACUCAUCCCAAACAAACUGGAGAACUGUGUUCACAGUCCUGGACCAGGACAGGAGUGGAUUCAUUGAGGAGGAGGAGCUCAAGCUCUUCCUUCAGAAUUUCUCUCCUGGCGCAAGGGAGCUGACUAUGGUAGAAACCAGGACUCUGAUGGUAGCAGGAGAUAAAGAUGGUGAUGGCAAGAUUGGGAUAGAAGAGUUCUGUGAUCUUUUUAAAUAAAGACACUAAACCUCGAAGGCCAUGACUGCCCAUCCUGAUGUUAAAUAACAGGUUGGGAUUCCUGACUUUCCGUAUUGUUUUGAUGCAAAGACCUCAGAUGACCUCGACCUGCCUGCUUGCUUGCUGCUCCUUGUUAGCCUGAUACAAAAGAUGAAAAGUGGAUGCGUUA